GACGGUAGUCGGUUAUUGUCCCCUCAUUACGUAAGCUUCCAGAGAUGGCCCGUCGCAGCAUCACUACCACUCGGUAUGACAGCGAGGGGCAAAACAGACCUUUUACUAAACGCUGUCGUUCUCGUACAAAAAGCAAUGCAGAUUUCCCAAAAUAGACCGCGGUUUCCCCAAUCAGAGGCGUUUCCCUCGCAGAACCUAAGGGUAUAUUAGGUAAUUUACUCCUCAGUGACUCCCUGUUAACGAGAAAAACCUCUCUCUCUGCGACACCUGUUUUGUUUCCUUUUCUUUUGUUUCUUCCUCGAUUUGAAGCCGAGGAGAUUUCGUCUUCCGAGAAUUUUGGCUAACGAAUCUUGUCUCAGAUCCACCAGACUUCUUGUUGUGGAAAGAGACAAAUUCUGUGAUGUCUGAGAAGCAAUGAAUGGAAAGGUCUUGAAGCUGGGAAACCUGGGAUUGAUGUGUUUGUUUGAUUUUUGAAAUCCGCGGAUAAAACAGAUCUGCAGCUUUUCGAUCCUUUUGCUCUUCUGUGUGUUCAAGUUCUGUGUUCAUUUCUAGCUGUUUAGCUCUAUGGACUCCAACAGAGACACCGCUUAAGAUUCUCUACCGGCCUAUGUUACAACAGUGAAAACUUCCUACUUUUGGGUUUCAUCUUGAAGAUGGAUAGAUCAGAUACUUCGGGAUUUGUCAGUGGUGGAAGCUCCUUGUUUAUCAAUUCGGUCCUGAUGCUUAUGCCGAGUUCUGUCAUGUACUGAUUGUCAUUCUGUUCGUCCGGGCAUUCUUCUUUCCACUACAUCCCUACAUGUUCAUAUGGAUUUGAACGAGAGCCUAAUCCAUCGUUCUCAGGCUACUGGCUUUCUCAUUAAGCACGACAGUUUUGGUGAUACAGCUCUCAGCCUGAAAUGCUCCGGGAGCAGCACCUCAAGAACCGAUGUUCCUAAUUGUCCUGAUGAUGUUUGUCGGCUGGUCCUUGGUUUGGGUCCAACGCCCACUGCUUAUUAUUAUCAUGUCGGAGUUGAUACAAAUAAAGGUCCAGCUUCUGGAUUCAGUCCUGAAGGUAAUUCUAUUCUUCAGCUUGGACCUCCAGCUGAGAGCAUGGACACUUUCAGUGGACUUGAUUGUUCAUUGUCUGCAUACACAGAGACUGCUGCUUCCCUUCUAAAUCAAGUUGCUGCAGACAGUGGCGGUCGAGUGAUUCCUGUUGUUGAUGAAGGUUCUUCCUCGGCAAAGAGAUCUGGUGGAUAUAUGCCCUCACUUCUAUCGGCUUCGAGGACAGGCAAUGGCAGUAACCUGUCAGGGAUCCAAGAAUUUGUGCAGUUUGGAACCGAUGAACGUUCUUAUUAUUCACAGUUGAGCCUCGAGCCGUCAUCUCACACCGAGUUCUCUGUAGGAGCUAGCUCUGACAGGACGGCAGCUGUCCCUUUGCAACACAGAGCGAGCAACUCGAAGAAGUGCAGAUUCUUUGGAUGUACGAAAGGAGCUCGAGGAGCAUCUGGUCUAUGUAUUGGCCAUGGAGGAGGACAGAGAUGCCAAAGACCAGGCUGCAACAAAGGCGCCGAGAGUAAAACCACCUUCUGCAAAGCUCAUGGAGGAGGAAGGAGAUGCCAACACUUGGGAUGCACAAAGAGCGCGGAAGGAAAGACGGAUUUCUGCAUAGCCCAUGGCGGAGGAAGAAGGUGCCGGUUCCCCGGGGGAUGCUCCAAGGCUGCUCGGGGAAAGUCGGGGCUUUGCAUAAAACAUGGCGGUGGCAAGAGGUGUAAAAUCGAAGGAUGUACACGUAGUGCGGAGGGGCAUGCCGGUCUCUGUAUCUCCCAUGGAGGCGGAAGACGUUGCCAAUUUCCGGAAUGCACAAAGGGUGCUCAAGGAAGUACAAACUUCUGCAAAGCCCAUGGGGGCGGGAAGCGUUGUAUAUUCGUGGGUUGUGACAAGGGAGCAGAAGGGAGCACACCUCUGUGCAAAGCGCACGGUGGCGGGAAACGAUGUCUCUUUGACGGAGGAGGGAUUUGCCCGAAAAGCGUCCAUGGAGGAACAAACUUCUGUGUUGCGCACGGGGGCGGGAAACGAUGCGUAAUACCAGGUUGUACGAAGAGUGCCCGUGGUCGGACAGACUGUUGUGUGAAGCACGGGGGCGGGAAACGAUGCAGAUCCGAGGGGUGUGGGAAGAGUGCGCAAGGUAGCACGGAUUUUUGCAAGGCGCAUGGUGGCGGGAAACGUUGUUCGUGGUGGGGAGACGUGAAAUGCGAGAAGUUUGCGAGGGGGAAGAGCGGGUUAUGCGCUGCGCAUACCAGUAUGUCUCGGGAGAAAGGGAAAGGGAUGAUGAACAAGACAGGUCUGAUCGGGCCGGGACUCUUCCGUGGGCUCGUCUCGGCUUCUACCACGACCACGACAACGACGGAUCACUCUCAUCUGUCGGGAGUCAGUGUCGUGUCUGAAUGCACGGAGUCGUAUGAACGGAGACGGCAUGAGAAAAGGCAGAAGCUGAUACCGAUGCAGGUUCUGGUGCCGCCAUGUUUGAAAUCUCCGAGGGAAGAAGGAGAAACUAGCAACGACAGCAGACGUAGCAAUGGUGUCUUCGAUUUCAUGAUUCCGGAGGAGAGAGUUCAUGGCGGUGGGCUCAUGUCUUUGCUCGGUGGCAGCCUGAAACAUUCCAUUGAUGGAAUCUGAAGCACCUUUGUGAGAACCUCUGUCUUCGUGUUCUGUAAUGUAUAGUUUUCUGUCUGAUUUGAUCACUUUCUUGUAUAUUUGUUGGUUAGCCAAUUGUGAACCGUUGGUAUGGCCCGUAUGGGUAUUGGUGUUGUGGUCUGAACCAUCACCUCGAUGGCUCGAACCGGUCGGUUUUUAUUUAUUAUCUUUGGAAAACGGUUGUGUUUCUGCUUUGCUUGGUCACUGUCCAAGCUUAAUCAAUAAACGUGGGGUUCUUGUCUU